AUGAAAAUAAUUUGUGCAGGCCUUGGGAAAACUGGUACAAAAUCAAUCUCCAAAGCUUUGCGUCAUCUCGGUUUCACGGUUUUUGACUAUGAAGAGCAAGUGUUCGAUUUCUUAGAUCACUGGGUCGAUGUUUUUCAAAAUGGUGCCAAGCCAGAUGUGAAGCGACUAUAUCAAGAUGUUGAUGCGGUGGUGGACGCACCCGGGAAUAUUUUCUGGGAAGAAAUAUUAGAAGCCUUUCCUGAUAGUCAAGUGAUUUUGAGCGAAAGAGAUGAAGAUUCUUGGCUGAAAAGUCUGACAAAUCAACUUGAAGUAGUUUAUAGUGUUCCGAAAUACCAAAGAUUUUACCGUACUAUUCUGUCCCCAACGUCAAGGAAAAUGGCCUUUGUUAACAACUCGUGGCUUAAUUCUGCUCUUGGCACCUCAAAUCAGAAGUCAACUUGUGUUAUCCGUAAGCGAUACCGUGCGCAUAACCAUCGGGUCAAGUCCCUUGUUCCACCAGAAAAGCUGUUGGUGUACAACGUAAAUGAAGGUUGGAAACCACUGUGUGAUUUCUUGGGCUGCGAGGUUCCGACAGCUGCCUUCCCUCAUGAAAAUGUCAAGGGUGAAUACUUCAAACUUCUCCUUUCUGCUACAAGAUAUGGCAAGCAGUGUAUCUGGGAAAUACAGAUGGCAGUGUUUGUAAUCCUGUCUGUCAUUGUAGCUAUUAUAGCUACAUUUCUUGUCCUUUUUUAUAACUACUUUUGA